AUGCCACCUAAAGGAACCAAAAGUCCUCGAGGUAAAAGUCCAAAAAAUGCGAAAGCAGAUGCAGGAAUAGCUUGGGAAUCGAUAUUAACAACAAAUUCAGUGAAUCAAGAUAAUUGGACAACAUUUGUUUGUUUUCUUACACCAGAUCAUGCUAUUAAUCAGAUUUAUGUUGACCUCAUUGAAAAAGCUAUGCAACAUGCUGUUCGUCGACGAUUUGAUAUAAUUUCUAAACGUGAUUUUAUCGAAGCUAUUAAAAAAGUGGAAAAAAGUGGAAAAACUCCUGCUAAAUCUUCAACAAAUCCACUUGUUGAUAGUCUUAAUAAUUCAGCUUUAGCUUCUGCUUAUGAACAUGCUAAAACAAUAUUAGAUGCAGGCGGAGAAAUUGAUGAUCAAUUAUGGGCUAAAUUAAUCAAAUGUCGUAUACUUGAUCUUAAAAAAGAAGUACAAAAUCGUUGUACAGUUAAACCAUCAUCAGCACAAGCAGCUGCUGCACCAGCUAAACCUGAAAAGGGCAAAGGAGGAAACAAAUCUCCUAAACCAGCUGCUAAGUCUAAAAAACAAGCCGCAGCUGCACCAGCACCUACAACUGAUACACAUAUUGAUAAGCCAAUUGGCGUUAAAACACGUGAUCAAAUUACUGAUGAAACAAAAUAUAUUGAUGAUGAACCAAAAGAUGGGCCUAAUCAAUAUAUAUAUUUAAGUGGAUUUUAUUCAAUUGGUCUUUUACAUGCUCUUGAUGAUGUUGGAAUUCGUAUUGAUACAAUCACAGAUGUAUCAUGUGAUAGUUUAGAAGAAACUAAACAAUUAUUUGAUGAAAUGAUUCGACGAGAUAGACAAGAACAAACACUUAAAGCUGAUGUAUUGAAAGAAAUACCAACACCUGAACAAAUUGCUGAACAAAAUCAACGCAAUGAUCAAGUAUUAAAUCAAUUUUGGACAGAACUAAUGCCUAUAUUAAAUAAGGCACCAGAUCAAUCCAUGUUACAAGAUGUUAUUGUAACAACUUUAAAAGUUCUUAGAGACAAUCUACCAGAUUCAUGGAUUAAUACUGAUCAAAGAUUAAAACUAGCAGAAUCACUCUGUGAUGAUAUUGUUGAAAAUAGUUUUCGUUUAAAUAUUCGUAGAAGACAAUUUAAAACAUUUAAUGAACAAAUGAAAGUUGUACCUAUACCUACAAUUGAAGAUAAAAAUGCUAAAUCAAUAUCAGAAUCAAAAAUUUAUAAUGAAAUGACAACCAUAAUUCCACCAGAAUCAAUUAGUGUACCACUUAUUUUACAUGGCAUUCUUGAACAAGUGGAAGUUAAACUUGCAAAUUCUAAUAAUACUAAUACUAAUGUUCCUAAUCAUCAAGAUGAUGUUGGACGAUAUUUACGUGAAAAACUGAUGUCACUUUCGAUGGAAAAAGAACAUAAAAAAGAAAUUGAAAAUCUUGUUCCAAAAUCUCCAUUUACAAAAACUACUGGUUCAGGUCCAACUAUGGUUUAUUAUACUGAUGAAAUAAAACAACGUUUAGCAACAUUAAAUCGUUUAGCAGUAGUUGAUCCAAUAAAAAUUGAACGUAAUUCAUUAAUGUCUCAUUCACGUCUUAUUAAUCUUCCUGAAUUAACACGAAAAAAACCAUAUGAUCCAGAUUCGAAAGAACGUCAAACACGUUUUAAUCAAUUAUUACAAUUUUGUACUGAUAAUGAACUUCUUCCAUCAGAUAUUGAUCAUAUUCUUAAACAAUUUAUUUUUGAAUGUAUGACAUUAAAUGCAACAACAGAAAAUUCAAUUGAACAAGAAACAAGUCGUCCAUCAACUGCUGAAAGUGAACAAGAAGAUGAACAAUUAUAUUUUGAAAAACAUUUAACAAAUUUAAAUGAAAAAGAAAAGAAACAAUCAAGUAAUAUACAACCAAUCAUUUGGGAUGAUCCAUUUGAAUUAUUAAGAACAAAUCAAGAAACAGGAAGAAUUGGAUUUUCUACUCAUACACAUACGUCAAGUCCAACAAGUCAUUCAUCGAAAAGUUCAAAUCCACAAUCACCAAAUCAACUAGUCUAUACUGUUCGUUUUGAUGUUAAUAAUCCAGACAACAAUCUCCAGAAUCAAAUGUCUCAUAUACUACCACCAAUUGGAGAUGUACAUACUGAUGGAACAAUACAAGCUGUCAUUCAACAUCAUAAACGAAAUUUAAAUGAUUGGAAUUUUGCUGAACAUUUUGAACCGGAAAUAUUUUCUCAAGUAAUUGAACAAGCUUUAUUCACACAUUCACAUGUGGAUGUAUAUUAUAAUCGACGUGAUCAAACACAUAUGAUGGUACUUUCAUUACCAAUUCCUGCAGGCAAAACAAUAGGAUAUGAUAAUACAAGUAAAAAAUUAUUUUCUGAUGUUGGAUUUCGAAAUUUUCUUGAUGAAAUAUCGUAUGAAAUUGUCGAUUGGCUUCGAGAUGAAGAAGCUAAAUAUCAAGCUGAUGUACUUGCACAUGAAGUACAAACCUUUAUACGUGAACUAACACCAACACCAGAUGCAUCUAAAGAUGCUAAAGGCGGAAAGAAAGGAAAAGGAGCAGCUGGAAAAAAAACGCCACCAUCACGAUCACGAUCAGCAAGUGCUGCUAGUUCCGACGCAGAAAAGACUCCAAAUGAAGACGAACAAGUUAUUCGUGAUGAUUAUGCACAUCCAACAUCAUUAAAAGUAUGGAAACAAAAGAGAGAUAAAGAACUUGAAGAAGAAGCAUUAGCCAAAGCAAAACGAGCAGAAUCAGCUACGAAAAAGGGUAAAGCAAAAAGUCCUCGAGCAUCAGAAAAAGCAGGUAAAACAACAACACCAAAUGAAAAACCUUCUAAAGAUGGUAAAUCAAAACAACAAGCCGCUGUACCAGUAGAAAAGCCUGAAGAUACAAAACCAUCAUAUGAAUUUAAUGAACCAUCGGAACGAUUCAUUGGCUAUAGUCUAGGUAAUCAUUUAUUAAGUGCACAAUGUAGUACUUCACAUUUACUACUUCCUGAUGGAUGUUUUAUUCGAACGCGUAUUGAUUCACUCAAACGAGGAGCAACAUGUGUUUCAACAAGUUUAUAUCGAAAUAAAAGUUCAUAUAAUGUACAAUUAGUUAAUCCACAUAAACUAUCGAAUAAUACUAACACCAAUACUCAAUCGGAUUCAACGGAACAUCAUAGUAGUUCAUCAAAACAUGAAAAUUCUACAAGUUCAUUCGCAGAAAAACGAAUUGCUCAAUAUGGUGUAUUUACAGCUUUAUUAAAUUCUGGAAUGAUUCUAUCUUGUAGUAAUUAUGAUACUAAACCUGCAAAAAUUGAAACACCUCCUCCUCCACCACCUCCAGCUCCUGUUGAACAUCAUGCACCACCUGAACCAGCAGUAGAUGAUAAAAAGAAAGAUUCACAUAGUACCAAAGGAAAGAAAAAAGGCAAAACAGUUGAAGUUGAAGCACCUGUAGUUGAAAAACCACCACCAGAACCUCAAUAUGAUCCUGAACCAUUUCAACGUUUAACAAUAUCAAUUCCAACUGGUCUUGUUGUUACAUUUUAUCCUGAAACAUUUAAUGGUGUUAAACCAACACAAGCUAAUCAAGUUCAUCGACUUAUUGUUAAACAAUAUUACGCAUGUCAAUCAAAAGGUUUUCAUACAUGUGAACAAACACGUUUAAAUGCAUAUGAAGAAAAUUCACGUAUUAUUGACGGAGAAGGACAUGUUAUGAUAUUUAAACGUAAUGGAGAAUUAAUUAUUCUUCAACCUGAUGGUGGAAUAUUUACUAAAACAAUUGUACAUCAAAAUGAACCGGAAAUUGAAAUAGCAACUGAAAGUCCACAAGCAGCUAAAAAAGGUGGUAGAAGUGAUAGUCGAGGAAAAAAGAAAGUCGAUUUAAAACAAAGUACGGAUGUAUCAACAGUUAGUGAAGAAGUAAAACCACUUGUUUUUGAAUGGAAAUGUGUGACAUCAGAUGGACAAGUAUUUAGACAAAAUUCAACAAACCAGGAAUAUGAAAAAAUUGAUCAUUUAAGAUUAAUUCUUGAAACAAAUCCAAAAACAUCUGAACAAGUUAUUCAUCGAGAAGAUAAAGUUGUUAUUGUAUUUCGUUCAGAUGGAUCUCGUGUUGUUAGUUUUGCUGAUGGAACAAGAAUAACAACAUAUGAAGCUGUUGAAAAUAAAAAUAAUACUCCAAGUGAUCGUGAAACUGGUGAACUUAAUAAUUCCACAUCAAGUUUUCGAAAAAUUCCUCAUGUAAAAGUUGAAGCAUUGGGUUAUGCAACUGUUGCAUUUAAUUGUCAAACUACUGAUUGUCGAACAGUAUUUAGUGAUGGUAGUUCAAUAGAUGUUUUUUCAAAUGGUACCUAUUCAAUAUAUGAAAGUGAUGGAGAACAGUUUGAUAUUAAUGAGAAUGGUGAUAUACUUUUUGAUUUUCAACAAUCAAUCUAUGGAAAACGUAUUCAAGAACUUUUAUCACAUAUUGAACCAAGUAAAUGUAUUAUGUCACAGAAUGGUGAUGUUAUUUUCGAUGCUGUUGAUUAUGAACAAAAACAAUAUUGUGUUGAAGCAUCAGGAGAAACUUACUCAAAAGAAAAUGAUCAACAGGAGAUACCAAAGGAUUUCCCUAUGGAAAUGCAUGUACCAAGAUUUUUCAUUGUUCAUGAAGAUGGUAGUGGAACUGAAUUAUUACGUUUUAAAGAUCUUUAUUCAUAUUUACGAAUAAUGGAUCUUGAUCCAAGUACAGCUGUUGUUCGUGAACCAUUAUCAAGUAAUCCAAAAGUUACUGGCGCUACAGUCAUGAGACCAUUUCAAGAUGAAAUUCAUCGUCGUUGGUUAACAUCAUUUGAAGAUGAUUCAGUUAUUCCUGCAAGUCUUCGUGCUCAUACAUCAAAACCAGCUAUUACUGAUUCUCAAGAUAGUAGUUCAUUUCGACAAACAGAUAAAAAUAAUCAAUCAUCAACAUUUUCAAAUAGCUUUACUAAUCAACAACCAAUACUUGAAAUGCCUAAAGCACUUGAUUAUCGUAAUUUUAUGGAAUUUCCUAGACUUCACGAUGAAAUACGAUUUAAAUUAUUUAACUCAUUAAAAAAUUAUGUUGAUUUUGUUACAAAUCGAGCUGAUCAUCAUACAAAAUUAUUACCACAUGAUCAUCGAAAUAGACAUGAAAAAGAACAAGCUAAUAAAAUUUGGAAACAUGCUCGACCACAAGGAACAACUAAAGAUGAUUUAGCUUUAUUAUAUCUUAAGACAGUUCAUCCUGAUCGACAAAAACCAACAGCAACAGCAGCACCAACAAAACAAUCCGUUAUACCAUUAGCACAAGUAUUUAACUUAAAUCAUUUACAUACUCAACUUCAUCAAGAAAAGAAAAAUAAACAAUUAAGACGUGAUAUGUCUAAAGGAAUUGCUAUGCCUUACUUUCAAACUGAAUGGGGAACAGCAUAUACAAAACAACAACAACAACCAGAAAUGGUUUCAACAAGAGAAUCAAGAAGUGCAGGAUAUACAAAAACAACAAAUGGUCAUGAAAAUUCAUUAAAUUCUCCUCCAAUUUCUCCAACUAAUCAACAGAAUCGAUUAUCACAAAUACAAAAACCACAAUUUACUCGUAGUCUCAGUACAGAAGUUGCAGACAAUAAAACACUGAAUAGUUCUGGUCAAUCUAAUCUAGAUAGUACGUAUCGUCCUGUUAAACCAUUUGCAUCACCAAGAAAUACUGUUCAAUAUGAUGCAUAUGGUAACAAACGAGCAAAUCCAGUUAGAAUACCAAAUUCAUUGAAAGGUUCUCGACCACAUGCUGAACCUCAUACACGUUUUCUUGAUAUGGAAGAACCUGUUAUGGUUCGACCCAAUAAUGCAUCAAUUGGUGCUGCUGCUCUCAAUAAUCGACCAUUACGAGCAAGACGUGGUUGUGAGCUUUUUCCUGAUAAACUUGAUUUUGGCGUUUUGAAAGAAGGUGUAACUUAUGGAGCAGAAGUUAAUAUAAAAAAUGUUGGUAUUGAUGCAUGUCGUUUUCGUGUUCGUCAACCACCACUAGGUACUGGAUUACGAGUUGUCUUUCAACCGGGAGUUCUUGCUGCGGGUAUAAGUCGACCUCUGACGAUUGAAUUAUAUGCAAUUAUUAAACAAAAUUAUAGUCAACAACAACAACAGCAACAACAAUCUCAAGGUCUUUAUCAACUUGAUCAAUCAAUUGAAAUUAUAACUGAAACGGAUAUAAUGCACUUUCCAAUACGUGCUAAAAUAGCUAAUGAAGAACAAUUUGAGAUAAUGUUUGUUAACAAAGAUGGAACAGCUGGAAUGAAUAAAUCAGUUCGUUUACUUGCUCGAAAAAGUUCAAAUAUAAAUGAUUGGAUUGCUAAUACGAAUAAAGAUACUACAGAUGCUCCACACGAAUGA